AUGGUGGUUGAAGGCAUUAAUUAUAAACUGGUGAUUAGAGAAUUAUCCAACUGGGAACCAAAUAUUGUGUGUAAUAAAGAAGUUUUGGAUCGUGGUAUAACAAAUAUCUCUGGUGAUACGGAUGAUGAGGCUCUCGAAUAUGAAGUAAAUGAGAGUAAUUACACUCUAAUUGGAAAUAAUCAACAAAAAGAUGGUGCAUUUAUUGAUUAUUUUCCAAUUAGAAAGGAAGUGAAUGAAGACCGAGGUGCGUGUUUUGUUAACAGAAAGGGUGGAUUCUUCCAAACAAGCGGGUUGAAAUCAAAUGUUCUGGUGGGAGAUGACAAUCAUUUCUCUUCCUCGAAUCUUGUUGUUGCCAAUUCUCCUUCUACGACAGCUGCCUCCUUUUGGGUUACGACUGUUCAUCUGGUUUCAGGCGUGUCAAUGGUUCAAAACUAG